CACACACCUGAGGUGCAACACAAAGUAGAAAUCCCCAGUCACCUGGUUUCCAGGAAAAGAAACACCCAGUUUGUAAAAUAGGUUUUUUAACAAAAGUCAGCAGAGAAAAGUAAUGCUUGUGCCAGAGGCAGCCAUGGCUGCUGGGGGUCUUGCUAAGGAUCUGUCCAGACGUCAGAGGGGAACAUGGAGCGUCUGUGAAAAACACCAGGAACCCCAGAAACUCUUCUGUAAAAACCACAAAACCGCCAUCUGUGUGAUUUGUGACAAAGCCAAGGAACACAAAAAACACAAGGUUGUUCCUCUGGAUGAAGCGCCUGAAAUAUACAAGGAUCAACUCUGCAGUCGCGAGGAGAUUUUGUGUCAAGAGAGAGAAAAGGUUCUGGCAUACGGAGCAGCCAUCUUGAAGGAAAGCCAAGACCAGCUUGAUCAAAUUGAUGCUCUUGCAGAGAACCUGGAGGCGAUGAGACAGGCAGCAUUUGGAGGUGGGGAAAAACAGACACGGAAAAGAAGAUUCAAGGGCUUCUUCAAAUUGAAAUGGAAGAGAAGACACCCUUCCUUGAACUGUCAGUCAUCUUAAGCUCUUGGGGCGAGGACUGCUCUGGGCCUUUCAGGGUGAGAAAUUGAAGAAGCGGAUUGAGGAGGAGGAGGAGGAGCCACUGCAAAGCUGGGAACACCUGAAGCUGUGGGAAGGAUCUAGAAGCAUCAAGUAGUGUCUCACUAUUACCUUUCAGGUUAAGAAAAGACCAGCCGGCCAACCAAGGACAGUAAUCAUCAUAGAGGCUGUGGGGCAUGUCCAGAGCAGUCUGAAGGAAACCAUAGAUGGGAGGAGCUGAUGCAUAGAAAGCGUCCCACCCAAAAAAGAAUUAACAUUCAUAGGAUCAUAGAGUUGGAAGGGACCACAAGAGCCAACUUUACUAGGCCAACCCCUUGCAAUGCAGGGAUAUUUCACUGGGAAGAAACCAGAAGGGGAAUCGGGACUGAAUUUUUGUGUCCAUAGACACCUGGGCUUGAUUCUGGUCCUGAUCACAAAUUUCUGGGUUGAGCAUAUGCCGCCUGCCAGGCGAAGCUACUGUUGCGCCCCUGUCUCUGGUUGGCUGACCUUAACAUUCUGGUUAAAAACCAAAGCAGAACCUGGAAGUCAGAAACCUAUGGAGAGCCCACAAGCAGGACACACCGGUUCUGC